AUGACUUCAUCUCGAUCAGCUGUGAAUUGUGUUCCAGGUCCUGAUUUGAGGAUUGUGAUAAUAGGAAAAACUGGUGUGGGGAAGAGUUCCUCUGGAAACACCAUCCUGGGAAAAAAACAUUUCAAAUCUCGUCCCAGUUCAGAGUCAGUGACUGAAACCUGUGAAAUAGCUGAAGCACAGUGGGAAGGCAGAAAUAUUUCUAUCAUAGACACACCAGGAAUCCUGGACCCUAAGAAAUCUGCAGAGAUGAUCAAAAAGGAACUUAUUAAAUGUGUUGAAGUCUCCAGUCCAGGUCCUCAUGUUUUUCUACUGGUGCUCCAAGUCGGUCGAUUCACCACAGAGGAGAAAAACUCUGUGGAAGCCCUGCAGGAGCUGUUUGGUCCAAAAGCUCAACAUUACAUGAUUGUGCUGUUCACCCAUGGAGAUGAUCUUGAAGACCAGGAAAUCACCGUACAGCAGUAUGUACGUGAAAGCAAAACAGAGCUCAGACGAGUCAUCCAAAGCUGUGGAAACAGGCUCCACGUCUUCAACAACAAAAGCAAAGACAAACAGCAGGUGGAGGAGUUGAUCAAGAAGAUUGAUGACAUGGUGGCAGGAAACGCUGGCACAUACUACACCAAUGCCAUGUUCAGAGAGGUGGAAGAAAGGAAACAGAGACAAGCUGACAGGGAGGACGAAGAAUACAAGUUCCUGAGUCAACUGAUAGAGCAGAUUCGAAGUUUUCAUUCACGUCUUAAAAGAGAAUAA